CGUCCAUUUCCUUUUUGAUCGGCAAUAUUAAACACCAGGCACUGCUAUUUUUUUGGCUGCUAAACUUCUCCUCCUGUUUUUUGACGCGUCACCACACAUCGAGAUUGUGUUUUUCUCGUUGUGUUUUUUUUUUUUGGAAAAAUCAGCAACACUCUUUUAUUUAUUCUUUACUUGUUACUACAACUAGCGUCAUACGUAAUAGUAAUUGCUACACACGAAGCCUCCAUAGAGGCUCCUGUCAACAUGUCCGCUCUCUACGGUGUUUUCGACUCGAAAACGGCCUCUGGUCCCUAUGGACCCAUUCUUUACAACGCGGGCACCGGGGUUGGAACGAACGACGGUCGUAGUUAUCCGGGGAAACAAGCACAAGCUAAAGCCAUUCCGGGGCAGAAGAUUUCUGCGCAAGUAACACAUUUCCAAACCCCCGUAAUCGACAAGUGGGCGUCGGUUUGUGGGAAGAAACAAAACCGCGGGAAGGAUGCCAUCGGGUUCCGGAAGCUGCUGAAAACGCACUACGUUCUUGCGGAGAACGAAACUGAUAAUUCGAAGGGGAAGAAAUUUGAGAAGUUGGAGUUGGAGAAUGCUGUCACUUUCAAAACCUACGAGCAGCAUUUUGACGAGGUCAGAAGAGUCGCGGCGACUUUAUCGGCAAAGACCAAAAUUCUGUCUUCUCCCGCGAAAAGAGUGGUCAUUUACUCGGAGACCAACCCGGACUGGCUAGUGGCCGCGCUGGCCUGUUUCUCGUAUCAACUGCAAAUAUGUCAUCUGGGUCUACUGGAGGAAUUGGAAUGCAAGACUUGUAUAUGCAAAUCGCGGACCAUGAUCCACAUGGUCUGGAAUGCUGCACACAGCAGCAUCACAGAUUUUGAUGCGAGAGGACCGUCACGAAAUUUUUAUUUCGCAUCAGAAGUUCGCCUUUAUUUGCCGGUAGCAAUAAGUGGGCAAAACUACUAGCUACUUUUGAUUGGCGUUUAGGCAAGACAGAUUUUUUUUAUCAAGAUCCGGAGAUCUUCAUGAACAACCUUGCAUGUGACAACAAGCUGCAUCAUGAUCUUUCUAGACCCAGAGAUAAGAUUUGCGAUGUAUAUCUCGCAGAACAUCCCGAUUGUCACGAUCUACGCGAACCUCGGCCCGGAGGCCGCGGCGCACGCGUUGAAGCAGACCAAACCCGAUUUGUUAUCCUGAGCAAAAACGUUUCCACCCCAGAGUCAAGAUGGGAAACCUGCUGGACAAAUCAUCCUGCUUUGGUUGUUGCGCAUUACAAGUUUGGCCGCGUUGUAGCAUAGUCCUGCUUUUAUUUUAGUUAGUUCAACAGCAUCACAGAGCUGGUGCAUCAUCCUGACUGGAGCAUCACAAAUUCCAAAACGCUACUAGAAAAGGCUUCAGUCUCAUGGUGCUCCGCAUGAGAAACAUUUUCAGCAUGCAGGUUUGCAUGACAACUACGGGCUGUAGUCGGGGACGUUUUUACAUAGGAUAUCUGGCGUUCGUGGACAUGAAGUUGGCGAAGGUUUUGGUGAACCAGAUUCUGUUGCCCGGAGGGGACAACGGAAAAGAUUCUAAAGCGAGUAAUAAUCACAACCUGUCGGAGUUUUCUUUUCUGAAAAACAUCGUCGUCAUCGGGCAGCAGCAGGAAGAAGAACAGAAAAAGGACUUGCUUAGUGGACUCGAGGCGGUAUUGACGAAGCACGACAAAGUCAAAAAUGCAGGAUGCCUGUCUGAAAAUGAAAAAAUGAACGAUACGAAUGAUCAUGAGAAGGCUAACCCUGCGGCUACUCCAAUUCCACCUCGUGCAGCAAACGAGGAACAACCAGUUGUGCAGCUCCACUUUGCAGAGGACUUCGGGUUUGCGGCAGCAGCAAGAACUCCGGUCGUCGGUUCAGAGUCGUCCUCCAGUCCGAGUACAAGUCCACCUACGGGAACUACUGGUUCCUCUGGUGGUCCUACAUCUGGAAGCACGGCUCCUGCUUCGCAGCAAAGUGUUGGACAACAAUCCUCGUCCUCGAGGUCUACAAGCUCGCACGACUGGAUUGUGAAAGCGAAACCGGAGGACACGGCGGUCAUCAUGUACACCUCGGGGACGACCGGGUACCCGAAAGGCGUGGUUCUGUCGCACGGCAAUCUGGCGGCGCUGCUGGCCAGCACGGAGCCAAUUGUACUACAUAGGAAUUCAAUUUUGAGAUUUAUUUUACAGCAACAACUGUUUUAAUACUGUGUGUGUGACAGUGACUGGCCGCGUGACGCGCAACUACGAGUUGCAGGUUUCGUCCUUCUACAGAGCUGCACGGGUGGUCAACACUGUCCGUCCUGAUGAUAAGUAAUUGAGAUAGUGCAUAAGCACACCAGGUGAACAAGAUAGGAAAAAGCAAAAGGUGUAGAAGUCCGAAAUAAUAUUCAAAAAAAUGAAAAAUAUUCCUGACAUCAAUCGAUUUCGAUGCUCAGAUCUUCUAGGGACUACAGAAGGAACCUGUAUGAAAAAGCGUUCAAAUAUUGAAAUCAACAUCCACCCCCGUUUGUUGAAUAAAAAAAUCAACAGAUUCGUUCGGCCGACAAGCUCGAGCCCGGCGACGUGUACCUGGCCUAUUUGCCUCUCGCCCACGUGAUGGAAUUGGUUGCGGAGGUGACCGCUUUGACGACCAAUCUGAAGCUGAUCUACGGCUCCCCGCACACGCUUUCCGACACGGGAGUGAAGGUGAAACAGCCAGAAUCCCUGGGGGAUUUGAAGGUGGCCAAGCCGAACAUCAUGAUUUUUGCGCCCGCGGUGCUGGAGAAGAUCUACAGCGGGAUCCACGCGAUUUUCGAAAAGCGGUCCAAAUUCGUGCACAGCCUGUUCCUGAGGGCGGUGGAAGCGGGGGAAAAAAGGUUCGAGGCCAGUAGUGGUCCUGAUGUUGUGCAGCAGCAGGGGUGUAAUGGUUCUGGUGAACAACGUAAAGCUCCUGCUGGAUCGAAUAUCAAAGACCCGAACUCGAAGUUCUAUUAUCGGGCGGGCACAAACGACAAAGAGACCGCUAGUUCAUCUUCAUCUUCGCCCCCAAUUCUCCAAACGGGGUCCAGUUGCCUGUACGAACUCCUUUUGAUGAAGAAGAUCCGCGAGAAGCUCGGGAUUGCGCACUUGAAGAACGUGAUAACGGCGUCCGCGCCACUGUCCAAGGAGCAGAUGGUGUUCUUCCAAACGAUCUUCAAUUGCCCCGUGCGCCUAUCGAAUGCAAAUGUGUCUGGGUCUGGAAGGUCGCAACUUGUGAUGCUGUUUUUGGAUUCCAAAAAAAUCUGUAUUGCAUGACCAGCAAGAGGCGUCCAGUUCGUGCUACGCGGGGACGGUAUUUCUCAUGCGGAAUAGGCAUCAGGAAGCCCUCCAAAAAUGUGUGAUGCUAGGGCAUGCAUUACAGACAUCAUGGAACACGCAAAAUAUGCACGACAAACAUGGCGAUCUUCCAGACCCAGACAUAUUUGCAUUUGAUUGCGCCAGGGCUACGGUGCCACCGAGACCUGCGGCGCGUCCUGUAUGCAGGAGUGGGUGGAUAACGCGACGGAGACGGUGGGGCCGCCGACGAGCCAAACCAUGAUUCGAUUGAAGGACUGGGAAGAGGGCAAUUACUUGAACGCGGACGUGUAUAACGAGAAUAUCGGCGUGCCGCGCGGGGAAAUCCUCAUCGGCGGGCCGUUGGUUUGUCAGGGCUACUUUGUGCCGGAAAAAAGCACCAGCUGUACAGAUGCAGCAGAGAACCACUCUUGUUCUGGUUCUAUUUCGGGGCUUGACGAAACAAGUACGAGUGCCACAGCCACGACGAGCGAAGACAAUAUGAAAGCUGAUGCAGCUCUUCUUGAACUUGAUCCCAAUGCCAAGGUCAUCGAAGAAUUGACGGCGAAGAACCAGGAAGAUUUUUCCACUUGCAAAGACGGGUUUCGCUGGUUCCACACGGGUGACAUUGGGUGCAUCACGGAACUGGGCCAAGUGAAAAUCAUUGACCGGAAGAAAGAUUUGUGGAAGGGGCCGCAGGGGGAGUAUGUGGCGCUUUCGAAGGUAUCAAAUGUAAAAAUGUCUGGGUCUGGAAGAAUGCAACUUGUCAUGCUGUUUUUGGAUUCUAAAAAAUUUAGUGUUGCAUGACCAGCAAGAAAGGUCCAGUUUGUGCUACGUCGCGGAGAGGGCAUUUCUCAUGCGGAAGGCGCAUCAGGAGGCCCUCUAAAAGUCUGUGAUGCUCGGUCAUGCAUUACAGGCAUCAGGUGUCAUGAGAAAUAUGCAUGACAAGUCUUGCAUUCUUCCAGACCCAGACAUUUUUGCAUUUGAUACAAGGUGGAAAGCGCGUGCAAGCUGUCCCCGUAUGUGGAAAACUGCAUGUGCUACGGCAAGACACCGGGGGGAAACUUUGUGGUUUUGCUGGUAGUGGCGUCCGCGGCCGGGAAGGAAAAAAGUGCCAAGGAGAUCUACGCCAGCGUGCUGGAGCACUGCAAGAAGCAGAAACUGCUCGCGUUCGAGCUCCCGAAGGACCUACGGGUGGUCCAAGAAGCGUGGACCCCGGAAAACGGGCUGCUCACCGCGAAGAUGACCAUGAAACGCGUCCAGAUUGCGGAAAAAGAGCGAAAACUGAUCGACGAGAUGUAUGCAUAAAAGAACUAAUGUACUAUAAAGUUCUUGUAUUCAUCAGGCCUACAUUUAUUUUUUUACCAUUUGAUUUCUCCAGACACAGAAGAACAAGAACAGCAUCCUAGGUAGAAGCUGUUGUGCCCGCAUUUUUUUACUGAUAAUACCAUUCACUUUAGUUUACCCACACAAGCAAUCGUGAGGACAUGCAUCGAUUUAUUUUGGCACGAGCACGUCGAGAUAAGAUAUUUUUUGUGCACUUGGCGGAAGUAGCAGCCAGACGAGCUGCAUCAACCGCAAAGCAUAAAGUGUACUAGCUUGUUACGAUUUUUUUCAGUGAGUUGUCUUUUUCGUCCGCUUGACUCGACUGCUUAUUUCGACUGCCAACCAUAGCCCCCUCCUGCACAGGCUACUAAAGCUGAACAGCAAUCAUAGAUUUUCAUCUUGUCACAGUAACUUCUCCUCUCCAAAGUUAAAAAUUCGGAAGGACCACCAGAACUACCCAGCACGGAGCGUGAUUUGGUAUCUACGCAUUUCAUGACCCUUAUUUCCUUUUCCACCUUUUGACUAUGUGUUUUAGGGCUCCUUCUAUAUACAUAUGCUGUUGAAUGUCCUCUGAGUCUGACCCCGAUCUGUUCAUCAUCUUUUUCUAUGCUGUUCUACUACGCUGGUGUACCAGCAUGGCUUUUUGCGCCAAUAGGCUCCUCUGACUUGGUCCCACACGAAAAAGUACAUACAUAAUCACCCGGCUUCGUAUAAUCGUGCAUGAAUGAUUUCGCCCCCCCCCACACCGGAAACCGAAGAAACCAAAAUGGCUCGCUGCAUCAAGAUUUCACGAUUGGGUUGAAUUUGUAUUGAACAAUAAAAAAAAUUGUCUUCGAAUCCCCAGCAUUUCUCCUCGGUUCGUUUUUUCUCUUUCUGUCUGCGAAAAAAGAUCUACUUAACUAUUUUGGAUACUGCGAAAAAAUGAUCCGGAAAUGAGGAAAACACUCCCCUUGCGGAGCACAGGUGUUUGGCUUGUUUAGGCUGUGCAAGAUUCCGCGUCGACUAUCAUAAAAACCGCUCUAGUUUUGAACCCAGGCCGAUAGUUGAUUGGCACAUCCAUAAAGAAUAAGGUGAAGCAGUGGCAAAAGGUUUCGUGG